ACGAAAGGUGGGGCAAUUUGGAGGUGGUGCAAAGCGAGUGGGUUGGCGAGCCUGUGGCGGCAGCGGCCGCUAUUUCUGGAGCCGCAGCUGCUCCUAGGCCCGCCGCAACUGCAAAAUAAUUGUUAGCGGAGAAGGGCGACCUGUUUGGAGCCCCUCCAGGACGGCGCAUCAAUGAGCUGCGAGUUGUAUGGAAACAGGACAGUUGGAAAUUGAAUUUUGGAAUGCUUUGGCUUCUGUGGGGCUGAGAUAAGGGCCAGCAUAUGGAACAAAGCUUUGAGGCUGAAUGCUUCCUUCCUGUCACUGUCAGCCCUUCAAGGUCACAGUGCUGUAUUUUGCCAGAAGUGCUGAAUUAACAGGGCUGCGCACAGAGACCAUUUCUGUGCCCCAGCAGAUAACCUCACUGCAGCUGUGGAGAGAAAUUGUCAAGAGACAUUCACGACUCGCUGAUAUUGAAGAUCAAGUUGUCUUUGCCAUUUGUCAGGAAUACGUACCCCUUGGAGAUCAGCAGUUCAUCCUCCACACAGGGGACGAAGUUGCCAUCAUCCCACCUCUUAGUGGAGGUUAG